AUGCGUUCCCUCAUCUGCGGGGCGUUCCUCCUGGCCUCCAGUCUGGCUACGGCAGCGGGGUCUGCCAUGCCUAGGGUCACCUUGGACUACUGUACCGUUGAGGCGGCCAUUGGCAACGAUACACUGGGCUUCUAUCGCUACCAAAACAUUCGGUUCGCCGCCCCCGUCACCGGGGACCGGCGAUUCGCCAAACCUGAGUUGCCGUUGGUGGAGACGGAGAUAAACUACGGUGAUAUCGUCUCCGAGUCGAUCGACUGCAGCACCAGUGAGGACUGUCUGUUCCUCGACGUCUGGACGCCCGCCAACAGCACCAGCAAGAAGCUGCCUGUGUUGAUGUAUGUCUACGGGGGGGGCUUCACCGGAGGCAGCAAGAUUCAAAGUACGCCCGAAGGGCUCUUUGACCUCUCCAAGGACUUCAUUUUCGUGGCAGCCAACUACCGGUUGGGGGUGACGGGGCUCCUCAACGGGCCGUCCUUCCAGCACGAGGGGGGAGCCGCCAACGCUGCCGUCUGGGACGUCACUCAGGCGCUGGAAUGGGUCCAAAAGUAUAUCCACGCGUUUGGGGGAGAUCCCUCUGCGGUCACUCUGUCAGGCUUCUCCGCUGGAGCGUCCCAGGUCAUGUUCCAGAUCACACGCUUUAGCGGACGUGCCCCACAACUCUUCAAGCAGGCCUACAUCAUGUCUCCGGGUUACGUGCCUGGGGCCGGUCACCACCAGGCCGAGGACUACUAUCAGAAUGUCUCCACCGCGGUGGGCUGCCCCGGCGGUGACAUUGGCUGUCUACGGGCCGUGAACUUCACCACAUUGAUGACCAUUGGCAGCGAGGUAGCCAGCAAUUACAGUUACCAGUUGCAGCCGCGCGCUGACGGUGCCAUCGUGGCCGAUACCUACGAGGCGCAGCUCUACCAGAAGAACUUCAACUUCUCGGGGCCUCUCGUGAUCUCCCAUGAGCGUCACGAGGAGAACAGUCAGAACUCCAGCACGGUGACCAGCGAGGCGGACAUCGCCGCCGAGCUGCAGAUGUACUUCCCCUCCAUCACCGACGACGUGAUCGAGGAGAUUCUGAAGUUGUACCCCGCCCACCGCUACCCGGCCGCAGGCUACCGGUUGGCAGAUAUCCGUCAGGGGUUCGACAUGACGGGCAAGAAUCUCGCCCUGACCCAGGCGCUGCACAACGAAACCUGGAACGCGAUCGUCAACCUGGGUGACGCCACCCACGGCACGGACCAGUACUACUACUGGUACAGCACUUACAGCACCGUCCCCUCCAACGGGCUGACUUCAUCAACCUCGACCUCGGUGAAUGUUACGAUUGCGCGCGGUUGGCUGAUGCUCUUCGAUUCCCAGCGCACGAUGCAAAAGUAUCUUUUGUCCUUCGUCCUGACCAGCAACCCCAACACUUUGUGGCCACAGGAUAAGAUCUACUGGCCCAAGUAUGGGAACAUGACCAACACUCUGUCGUUCAACACUACCAUGUCGGUAACGACCGAUGAUCUUGCUAAUGAUAAGAGUUUGUUCUGGAACAAGGUGCUCUGGUACUAG